AUGGAGCAAUUUAUAAAGAUCGAUUUUUCUUCUCUUACCCAAGAAGAGUCCGCUGCGCUUUACAACGUGCUGUUGAAACAGAAAGAAUUUGAAGAUUUGACUUGCCAUCGACGAAGGGAUUUGAGAUUGGAAAUUAUACACUUGGAAGAGAGAUUAUCUCAUAGUGAGAGGACGUCACAGGACGUUGAUCUGUGCAAAAUCUGCUUCAAAGCCAAAGUCGCAGAUUGUUUAAGUCUUCAGUGUAAACUGUGUCAGCGGAAAACAUGCUCUCGUUGUGGUGUUCGAGAGGUGUGCGAAAAGCAGAUCGAACAGCCAUCGAAAUCGUCAUUACAAGCUGAUCCAGAACCAGAAUAUCUCAGUCUUCCUGUAGAUCGUCAAUCGAUUCCAAGAGACUGCGACAGCGUCAUAUUGAGCGUCGAGGAUAGUGAUUGCUGCACAUCUGCAUACUUCUCUCCUUCUCCUACUCCUUCUCCUACUCCUUCAGAAGAAUUCUAUCCAGGCAUCCAUGCACUGAAUAUGGCCGGAGCAAUAGAAUAUGACAGCCCUGAUAGCAGUUACUCAACUGGAGGGAGCCCAAAGAUGGAAAUGACAAGAUCUAAGAGGCAUCCAAGUGACAUGACCACACACCAAGGACGGCCAAUCAUCGAACGUCUUACAUUGACCAAAUACAAUGCUUCGACCACAACAGAAGGUUUACCGUUUGGUACUCGAAUCGUUGGAGGAAAAAUGUCUGACGGAGUCGUAAUCGGUGCCUAUGUGACCCAAAUCAACCCAUCGAGCAAAGCAUCUACAUCACUCAACAUAGGAGACCAAAUUAUUGAAUGGAACAACAUUUCGCUUGUGGAUUCCACAUUUGAAGAGACGCAAGAGGCUAUCAAUUCAUCUCCAAACUCCGUGACACUUGUAGUAGGGCAUAUCAAAAGAAAGAAACAAACAUUACUUAGACCAUCAAGCAGUCAAAUUAUAAACGAUGCCAUCGAGAAGACACGUGCUAAUUUUGCUAAGGAAGGAACUCUCUGCCUCUCGCAAGAACAGCUUCUUUCAAGGCUCGAGAAGAACAGGUCCACAGACAGCAUAAUAAAGGAACAAGCAUUAUGUAAUAGAUAUGGUCUUCAAUCAAGAAUUCAUAUAUCUUUGUGGCAUGACCCCGAGAGAAACAACCUUAUCAUUAAGAUUAUUCGAGCACAAAGUCUAUCUUCAGGGGCUUCAGUUCGGGUGGAGUACCCCAAUCCUUACGCAGUCGUCAACCUUUUACCAAGAAAAACUCUAUCAACUCAGUUUAAAACGAAUGUGGAAUACCAAAGUGUUCAUCCUAUUUGGAACCUUACUUUCAUUUACUCAAACAUUACCAAAGAAGAGUUGCUAUACAAGUCCCUGGAAGUUUCAUUAUGGAGUGAACGGUCUACCAAGGUACCACAGUUUAUUGGUGCGGUGUUUGUUGAACUAAGUCAAGAUGUGUUGAGUAAUAUUCCUCAAUGGUACAAUAUAAAGAACCAAGUAGACGUGCUCCACAACAUCACUAUCCCUACAAGUCGUCGCUUUACAGUCUCCUCGUCGCAUGAUGUUAUCAACUCUAUCAUAUCGACCAGUAAAGAAAAAGAACAUUUUGUGGAGAUUUCGAGGACAUCAAGGAACGUACGCAGCUGUAUUGUCCGACAGAGAUCCCCACGAGAUGUAGUUGACAAAGAUAACACAUUUGUUUACAACAAAAGGAGAAAGACAGAUUCCGGUGCAACCGCUAGCUAUCUCGUCCGCAGUCGAACCCCAUCCAAACAGUCCAUCAAAGAUGAUGCAUUUGAUGGAGAGAUAACUAUGGAGGAUACCUUUAGAGGGAGAGGGAACAGCAUCUUAAGUUGUAAGGGUUUAGACACACAAGGCUUUCCAAGAACACAUAGCGCACCAGCAACACCAUGCGGGAAGACUGACUUUCAUCCCAUGUUUGCAUAUUCACCUCGCUUCAAUUGUCCUUUUUGGCAAAAAUCCAGAGAUGACGUAGCUUCAUGCACUAAUUCCAGUCAAGGAAGUCUACGUGGGAGUCCUUUAUGGGACAAAACAACGAGUCCAAGAUCUGAAAAAACGACAGUAAGUGAAGAAAGGGAGAACAAUAACACAAAGAUGCUUCCUGCAGUGUAUUUGACAGCAGCAAUCGACAAUGAAAGCAACACAUCAGAAGCUUCACUACAAGAAGACAGGAAGAAAAAGAGAUUGUUUUUUAGAUUUCCAAAUCCUGACUUCAGUAGCGAAAGUGACAGAAAAACGUCCUGCAGUUCGUAUUCAUUUGAUGAUGGCCCACAAGAUAAUGAAACUGGUCCAAAUCAAAUAUGUACAUCAACAGACGGAGGCCAAGACCUUGGGUAUGUGCGAAUCGGCUUGGUGAUUGAGAAUUCUGAAGUUCUGGUAGUUGAUAUAAUACGAGCAAAGUUAUUAUCAUUCAAAUCUGAACAGCAAGGUGGAAGAAUUCCACACUUGGAUACAUACGUAAAGACUUACUUAUUAAACGAUGGCACAAAAACCUGCAAGAGAAAGUCUUCUACAGUCCGACAAGACAGCAAUCCUGUAUAUAACUGGCAAGUCAAGUAUUCAACCGAAGAAAUCAGCAAAAGCAUGCUAUAUGUUUGUAUUUGGCAGAACCAUGGAAUGCUGGGUAAAAACUGCGCGAUCGGAGAAGUUCAUAUUUCCCUCGGUCGUCUAAUGUUAUCAAAAAGAAUUGUAGCUUGGUAUAAGAUAUUUCCUCCAAAACUCCAGCAGACCGCACAUGGCACAAGCUAGUUAUUGAUUGUAUAUUUGAGUGAAAAUAACAUGUUAUUACAUAUUAUAUAACUAGACCCAUAACUGCGUGAACUCGGGUUUCUUGUUGAUAACAAUCUAGUAUUGUAGUGAAUCCGAAAGAUUGAUAUUCAGCGUAAAUUGUUAUGUUCACUUUCCUAGUUUCUUUGUUGCAGUGCAUCAAACACGACCAAGAGAACGAAAACACUACAAUAAAUAUCACCCUUAAUUUACUUGUGGAGUUUAUCUUUUGUAUAAUUCUUGAAUUAAUUUUGCCAUUAUUAUUAUUUGUUG